GUGAUUUCGGAUUUAUCUCGGUCACCAUCUCGCAGACUUCCGCACGCACUAGUCUCGGACAGCUCUUGCUCGCCUCGCACACACGUCACACAGUCUAUUGUGAGCAGCGGCGCGCGUGCAGGACUGAUCGCGGGAGCGCGAGAGCACAGAAGACAAGAACCACGGUCGUGUUUUUUAGAAUCUCACGAGCAAAACAUUUGAACUGGAUUAGUGUGUGUAAAGGAGGAUUUGCCUCGCUGUCAGCAUGUGUACCGCGUGUUGUGUGUCUCAGCUGGCCUGCUGCUGUGGAUCGGCUGCCUGCUCCCUGUGCUGCGGCUGCUGUCCCAAGAUCAAACAGUCCACCUCGACACGCUUCAUGUACGCCCUCUUCUUCAUGCUGGUCACGGUGACCUGUGUCAUCAUGAUGUCCCCCACUGUGGAGACGGCAAUGCGAGAACAUAUUCCUUUCUACACAGAAAUGUGUCAUCAGCUCAAUGCGGGGGAGAACUGCAGUACCCUAGUGGGCUAUUCGGCCGUGUAUAAAGUCUGUUUCGGCAUGGCCUGCUUCUUCUUCUUCUUCUCUGUGUUCACCAUUUGUGUGCGAACCAGCACAGGAUGCCGGGCAGCUGUUCACAACGGGUUCUGGUUCUUUAAGUUUGUGGCUUUGCUGGGCUGCUGUGCAGGCGGAUUCUUUCUCCCAAAUCAAGACACGUUUCUAGAAGUCUGGCGUUACGUGGGGGCCGCUGGAGGUUUUCUCUUCCUCAUCAUCCAGUUGAUGCUUCUCGUCCAGUUUGCCCACAGAUGGAAUCAAAACUGGAGCUCAGGAGCCAAAUAUAAUAAAAUGUGGUAUGCAGCACUGGCUUUUGUCACACUGGUGCUGUUCUCCGUGGCAGUGGGAGCCAUGGUGUUUAUGAUCAUGUUCUACACGCACCCAGAGGCCUGCUUCCUCAACAAGCUCUUCCUGGGAGUCAACUGUGGCCUGUGCUUCGUCGUGUCCCUGCUGGCCAUCUCGCCCUGCAUUCAGACCUUCCAGCCCACCUCAGGUCUGCUGCAGCCCGCGAUCAUCACCGUCUACGUCAUGUACCUCACCUUCUCAGCGCUCGCCAGCAAACCCAUUGAAACGGUGGAGGAAGACGGAUACAAUGUCACUGUCUGCGUUCUUCCCUUUAAAUCAGGACUGAAGAACGACACUAACAUAGUGACGGGCAUCGGAACGGUCAUACUGUUCGGCUGUAUACUGUACUCUUGUUUGAUCUCCACCACCAAGAGGAGUUCAGCAGCCUUGCAAGUGUACAGGAACGAUAUGCCUGAAAAUGAGAGAGCCCGCUGCUGCUUCUGCUGUGUUGAUGAUACAGAAGAUUAUGAUGAUGAGAAGACCGCAGGAGGGCAGAGUGUGAAGUAUGAUGAGAAAGAUGGCACAAUCUACAGCUACUGGUACUUCCAUUUUGUUUUCUUUCUCGGCUCCCUCUACGUCAUGAUGACUGUAACCAACUGGUUUCAUUAUGACAACGCAAAGAUCGAGAGGCUGCUGGAGGGGAGCUGGUCAGUGUUCUGGAUCAAGAUGGCAUCUUGUUGGGUCUGUUUAUUUCUGUACAUGUGGACCCUGGUGGUUCCAAUGCUCUUCCCAAAGAGAUUUCAAGCCUAGAAACCCUUCACACAUGACCCAGUAUCACCACUGUCUAUUUACAACUACUGUGUGUGUGAGAGAGAAAGAGAGAGAGAGUGAGUUUUGUCUUUUUUAUUUGUUUUCUUAGUUUUAGUAUAGUAAAGGCUCAAAGGCUGCUUAUGUUUUGUUUUAAAUACAUUUCCAUGGAGAUUCGUUACAGAAAUCAUGUUAUGGUACCUCCCAUACUGAUGUAGGGCUCUUGUUUACCUCAUAACAUGAAGGUAUGAAAACAAAGCAUUGCUCAGGCUCACACAUCACCUGUAAGUGUCUUGCUUGUUACGCUUUUCUGUUGGUAGCUGAAGAAUUCUAUGCAAAUCUGU